AUGAACAAAGCCCUCCUUCUCAAGUGGAAAUGGAGGAUUCUUACGGAGGACAAAGCUAUUUGGAGUGAUGUCUUGUUGUUAAGAUAUCGCGAACCGAAAGUUAAAGUGUUGGCUUACGGUAGGAGGGCUACUAGUUCUAAAGACUCUUUUUGGUGGAGGGAUGUCUUAAACAAUGAUGUGAAGGAUGUCCCAAGUGAGGAGGGUUUCUCGGGCUGCAUUCAGUAUGUUGUCAAAAAAGGUGACUCGGUUUCAUUUUGGUUCGGCUCUUGGCUGGCAGCAGAAUCUCUUAGCUUUCUGUUCCCGGACAUUUUUGCAGCCUGUGUGAACAUUUUCAGCACGGUGGCUGAUGUUUUUUCGUGGGAUAACGACUCUGUUAUUUGGUUGUAUGACAGUAUUGUUGAUGAAGAGAAUCUGGCUCUGUUUUCAGCGGCUUCUUCCUCCUUUUCUGGGCAGUGGCAGCAACUCUGUUCCAUGCUGCAGUCGGCAACUUUUGAGAAGGAUGGCUUUGAUGAAUUCAAGUGGAAACUGAACUCGGAUGGCCGCUUCACGGUGGCAAGUGUCUCUCUACUGAUUGCGAAUGGCAAAGAGGCUGCAUGGCAUCCAAUUACGCUGAAUUUAAUCAAGUCUUGUUGGAACUCGAUAGUCUCGAUUAAAAUCCAUACUUUCUUGUGGAGGGUGUGCAUAAAUAGACUUCCCACAAAAAUCUCCUUGAGUGAAAGAGGAGCUAUUGAUUCUUCUGUUUUUCUCUAUUGCGAAUUUUGCAGGAACCAUUUAGAGACCUCCUCUCAUCUGUUUUUUCAGUGUGGUGUGGCGAAGUAUUUGUGGAAGCGAAUUUAUUUGUGGCUAGGGGAGGAUCUCCCUUUUUCGUUAGAAGAAUUUCUGAAGCUUGACAUUGUGGUGGAGAAGGUGAAAACGGUGAAUGCUAGGAAGAAUAUCACUUCUAUUUGGAUCGCUUCGGUUUGGAGUUUGUGGAAUAUGAGGAACGCAAUGAUUUUUAAAAAAAUUGCGUAUAGUUUCGAAAGGGUGUUUUACAAUGUUAUCUUCCUUUCUUGGUGUUGGUUAGCUAGUUCUAAUCCGAUUAGGUACUGUAGUUUCUAUGAUUGGUAUACUGUUCCUUUGGAUUGCUUCAAAUCUAUUUAG